AUGGAACAAUCCUGUCGGGCUCACGAAGAGCUGUCAACGCUACCCAUAAUGUUAUGUCAUAUUAUUCUUUCAGGUCGAGAGAUUCCGGGACAGAAUGUCGUAUCAGUCGCACCUAUUGAAGUGCCCGACGAGUCCAUGUACCCGAGAUUUGCAGAGCCAAUACCAAACGUUACCGUAACUGUCGGCAGAGAUGCAUUACUUGCUUGCGUCGUCGAUAAUUUGAGAGGGUUCAAGGUGGCGUGGGUCCGUAUGGACACUCAAACAAUUCUGAGUAUCCACCAUAACAUCAUUACUCAGAAUCCACGCAUCAGUCUCUCAUACAAUGACCACCGGUCGUGGUACCUUCAUAUAAAGGACGUGCACGAAGUGGAUCGAGGAUGGUACAUGUGUCAAGUCAACACGGACCCCAUGCGAUCCAGAAAGGGCUAUCUUCAAGUCGUAGUGCCACCAUCAAUCAUUGACAACAUGACGUCGACUGACAUGGUGGUAAGGGAGGGUGCUGAUGUCACCAUGGUAUGUCGAGCAUCAGGAUAUCCAGAACCCUAUGUGAUGUGGAGACGGGAGGAUGGACAAGACUUUAAUUAUAACGGAGAGUCAGUAAGUGUGGUCGACGGUGAAACACUCACGAUAACGAAGGUAUCUCGCCUGCACAUGGGUGCAUACCUGUGCAUUGCGUCUAAUGGAGUGCCACCUUCAAUUAGCAAACGCAUCAUGCUCAUGGUUCAAUUUCCUCCGAUGUUAUCAAUUCCGAAUCAACUAGAAGGCGCCUAUCUCGGACAGGAUGUAACGCUGGAGUGCCACACAGAGGCGUAUCCCUCCUCCAUCAACUACUGGACAACGGAUAGGGGAGAUAUGAUAAUAUCCGAAAUGGAAAUUGUAGGUGGGAAAUACGAAGCGAUUCCAGUCGACAGCGGCUACAACAAGUUCAUGAUGCUCAAGAUACGGAAUAUAACGAAAGAAGAUUUCGGUUUCUACAAGUGCAUCGCCAAGAACUCGCUCGGAGAAACUGACGGCAUUAUUAAACUCGACGAAAUACCAGCCCCGCCGUCCGCCUUUACGACCACUCAGAAACCGAUACUAGACAACCAAACAAUAAGGAAAAAAGGGCAACUGGUUCAAACAAAUGAAGCAAUCAGCUCAACAUUCCAAGGUGAGGUGUUUGAUGGACAAAUACGGGAUUUUGAUUUCUACGAGAACUCGGCUCCGACGCACAAUUUAAAUAUUAAUUUAAUGCUAUUAUUUUGUUUAUAUCACAUAAUUUUAGUAUCCUGA